AUGGCCGCCCGAUUGACGCGCCCAGCGCCAUCAAUGGCCACUCUUCACGCCCUAGAAUCAGCACUCGCUUCAUUUCGGAUAUCCCAACCCGCCACUGGCGUACGAUUCGCCUCUCAUCAAGCUCAAGGACGAGCCAACAAGGCCAAGCAGGGUCCUGGAAAGCGAUUGGGAGCGAAGAAAAUUGCGGGCGAAUCUGUCGUGACGGGGAACAUAUUGUACAAGCAGAGAGGCACCCUAUGGUUUCCAGGUGAUAACUGCUUCAUGGGCCGAGACCAUACCAUCCACGCUGGGGCACCAGGUUAUGUCAAGUACUACCGCGAUCCUGUGAAGCAUCCCAAGCGAAAACUCAUCGGCGUCGUCUUCGAACGAAACCAGACUCUGCCACAAGCACCUGGCACUCCUAUUCGACGAAGACUCGGUAUGCUCGCGUAUCAAACACCGAACGAAGAGCAGAAAGUUGUCACUGCCGAUCUAAGCACUUCUCCCGCGCUCGAGUACGACGCUGCUGCCCCAGCAACACAAAUCAGGCAAGAGCCGCAAGAAUCGAGAAGUGUAACGAUUACAAGAGGCAAGAAGGGAGAUCGACAAGAGAUCAAGCUGCAUCUGAGACCAGGCGGCAUGUAUAGACAGGCAAACUGGGAGAUUGGUCGAGCAGCUGAAAGGAGCAAGGCGGCGCAGAGUGUCAGACCUUUCAAGCCUGGAGAUCGGUUCGCGGCUUGGAGAAAGAGAUCCGCAAGAGUCGCCAGGACUGCUGAGAGGAGAGCGAUGACCCGCGGCGGGAAGAAGAGCAAGAAAUAG